CAACACUAAUUGCGUCAGGCAGAGCCUCACUAACUUUCAAAACUUGCAACCGUGCCUAGAUCAGACCCUUCAGGUUUGUUCUGAUCAGCAGGUCUCUGUCUAGGCAAACAGCAAUGAGCUCUGAUGAAGAUUUUGAGUCAGCAAAAGAAACACAAGUAAAAAAGGUCUCUGAUACAGGAAAACUGCCUUCUAAAAUACCACGCAAAAGGAAACAGGAAGAUGAAGAAUUUAAGGUACCAAUAAAGCGCACAUCUCGUAGAAAGCUGCAAGAGGUGGAACAAGAGAAUUCUCCUGUUCGAAAAAUUGCAAAUGCAUUUAAUUCUAAAGUUCGAAAUUUAGCACAAAAUGUUGUAGCAUUUAGUCCUCGUUUGACACGAGGGCGUAAGAGAUUGUUUAAUCCUGAAACAGCUCCUUCAUCUUUUGCUUCACAAAAUCGUAAAUGAGUGGGAUUUAGCAGAAAGAUAUAGCUCAGAGUUUGUCUGUGAGACAUGUCAGUCAGCUGGAGUUUUACCUUCAAGGACAAUGAAAACUUUUAAUUUUUUAUAUGCAAAUUAAUAGUAAAAUUUCAUGAAUUUUUUUGUCUGCAUUUUAAUAAAGUUUUUAUAUUAAAAGAAAA